GUGUUUAGGCAAUCUUACCUUGUAUUUUUGCAAGAGGCUGAUUACACGACUCGGAACCCUGUUACUUUAUUUGAAAGAAAUUACUAAUGAAUUAAGAAGGUCUUUGUCAAUUGUUUAUACUUCUCACUUAGAAAAGAAGUGAUACACGCAAAUUGGUUGCUACAAGAGUCAAACCGACUUGCUAUUGAGGUUGAUAUAAUUGUAAGGUGUUACAUAUGCUUUUGACUUUUGCUUUGGCUUAAGUUUUGGCAGUACUCUGGACUCUGUUAUUUUAAUUCUUUUCAAUCAUGUCUUUGGAGAAAUAGUUAGCUUGUUAUCUAUGAAAUAUCAUCAUCAUCCGAUUUUUGGGUUCCCAUGCCAGUUGGUUUUCAUUUGUUAAAGUAUUUGUUCCUCUGAGUUUUUAUUUAAGCUUAGUUUGGCGUGGGAAAGCACCUGUCUAUCUUUGGUUGGCAUGGGAAAGCACUUUACUUUUUUUAUGUGUGGUCCAUUUGCAUUUUAGAUAUACACAUGCUUAUUGCUUCAGAUGUUGAUGAAACAGCAGUCUGAACUUGGAAUAAAAAAUCUCGAAUGAUAAUAUGUUUCUGUAAAUUAGUGUUAAUGUAAUACUUUCUAGAACAAGUUUGCAAUAUUUUGACUUCUAGCUGGCCCCAGAAGUAUCCUAUCCAUGAUAACUUGGUCGGUCCAGUGGGAAUAUGCUUUUUUAUUGCAAUCAAUUGCUUCUCUAUUUUGCUUUGUAUUGCCACUUCUCAACCUCCAUGGAGCCAGAAUGGUGUCGUAUAUGAUGGAAACCGUGUCAAGCUAAUUUGUUUAACCUCUAAUAUAUGCUAAACUAUUAUUGACGGCUGAUGCUGCUUGAUCUUUAAACCAUUGCUUGAUUCAGACCCUGCUACUAAAAAAUUGGAAAAUAUAGUUUAGACUACUACACUUUAGAGUAACAAAAAGUUGGUAUGCUAUUAUUGUUAAUGAUGAAUUCCAGGGACCCAAACUACUAGUGCUAGCUGCAAGCAAUCUGAGGUCUUGAAUGAAUUCACCCAUGGAAAGCAAGAAAAAGUGAGCAAAACUGAAUUUAAAGAGGUUCUUUCAGACAUUUUAUUGGGUAUGGCUGCUGGACUGAAGCGAGACCCCAUUGUUAUACUCCGCAUGGAUGGAGAAGAUCUCCUUGAGUUUGUUGAUGGUCCAAGUUAUGAACCAGAAAUGGUAUCCUUGUUCUCUGAGAUUGAUAACCCUACUGAAUCACUUCGUGAACAUAUAAUUAAAGCUCUUAAGAGACUCGCUGUUGAUCGAGGAGUUCCUCCUACUUCAGAUUCUUGGGUUUUUAACAACAUUGUGGAUCCGGCACUGGUGUCUCAAGCAGGGCCUGCUUGGGAUAAGCCUGUCACUCAGGAGACAUUUUUGGAAGAAUUCAAGAAAGUGGCAUUGAGUGUGGUUAAUUGUCUUAAAGAGAAACCUGUCAUUGUUGCCCACAGUGAAAACACCUUUGAUGGAAGUGGCGUCAAGAGACUUUUAUCAAACAAGUUUGAAUUAGACAAGACACUGAACUCAGCUUUAGAGAAUCUGCCAAAAGAUCGAAAUGGAAAAUUAUCAAAGGACUAUUUGCGUGUGGCACUGGAUGUGGUGUCUCCAUCUGCUGGUUUACCUCCAGUUGGUGCAAUUGAAGAGAUGGAUAAGGUUAUUAGUGAAGCCUGUAAGAUGGUGAAUGCCGAUGAUACGAAGACGGUUAAAGAAGACGAAUUCAAGAAAGUUUUAACUGAAAUUCUGGGGAGUAUCAUGCUGCAGUUAGGGGGAAAUCCCAUAUCUGUUAAUUCAAAUUCAGUUGUGCAUGAGCCUUUAGGCUCAUCUUCUUCACUUUUGCAGCCAUCUAGUGAAACAGCAUGACUCUGGUAAAAAAACUAAUGAUAUUAAAAAAUGUUAUUUAUGUAAAUUGUUAAUUACUAGCACAAUAUAUGCUCUGAGAAGUCAAUUCCUAUGAUGUGGGAGUGUGGGAAAAUUAAAUUGUCAAUUAGCCCUUGUUGUCACUUCUGUUGUAAUGUAGGGUGAUGGGUUGUAGGCCUUUGACGGCAACAUGAACAGAGAAAGACUUGAUAUAAUAAUAUAGCAUGCCCUUUUUAAAUCA